AUGGAUCAUCAGCCCUCCGAAUGGGACCCCGAAAAAAGGCAUAAGCUGUCUGAUGUUGCCCACAGCUCCACAUCUGAUCCGCUCAUCUCCCAUGGACGACACUUUGGUCGAACAGUGUUCGCAUUAUGCAAUUACCCUUCCUUACUCACCAACGGUAUCUUGAGACUGGAGCAGAUGGAAGAGACUCCACUGGAGGACUUCUCCACUGAGUACAUCAAAACUGAGCGGCGAGAACAUUGUGUCUUCAAGCAGCUCUUGGACUCUUAUCCUGGCCUCCUGGAGCGAUUGAAAAAUGGAUCAGAGGAGGAAAUCCUUCAUGUUGGAGAAUUAAUUGGCAAGGGAGCUGCGGGCGCAAGAGGCAACAAUACGAAGACACUGAAGUCUGCAGUGCUCGAUUGGAUUUCUCCAAAAGGAGACGUAAUUCAACCUCAUUUACACAGAAAUUCAAAGAUUGACCGUGGAUUCAAUCACAAGCUUACAGGAUCCUUACUCUGUCCUGCUGGAAUGGACUGGACCGACCCAGAGACGAAGGAAAACCUGCGGAGCGGCAAGAUGUUGGUGUGUGGAGACCAAUGGCCCAUUUUCUUGUACGCCCAGUAUACUUAUGAUCCAGAUGAUCUGUGGUGCGGUCUCCUUAGGAGUCUAUUGCUUGCUUACAAGCAUGUUUUCACGUCUCCGAGUUCAGUCGAAAAGGAGCCUAAAGCUACAAGAUCCGGAAAUGCUUGCCUCCAUGGCAUGAACUGUGUUACCAUUGCCUCUAUAUCUUACAUUGCAACCGAAGAAUACAAGGAAGUUGAUCAACUACUGACGUGGUGGAAUCGGCAAGUCUUUCCCACUUCGUCUGCUGCCAAGCAACUGGUCAGCGCCAACAGCGCCUUGUCGAAGAUAAGACAAAAACGCCUUGCAGUGAACCGAACCUCAAAUCUGAAUGCAGUCUCUUCAUAG